GAUUCUGCAUUCUUCUUAAUUCUUCUUCGUCUUCAUUUCCCAAUUUUGAUCUAGGGUUCCUCAUCUAAUUCGAAAAAACCCUAUUUUGAUAAAUCUUCGGCUAUCACUGAAAGCAGUCUGGUGAAAAGGGUCUCAUCUGAUUGUGGAUUUGGGGUUUUUGUGUGAGUGUAUUUCUUCAAUGGCGAUCAUUGGAGACGCGUUGCGUCAAGUGUUUAUGCCAAAGCAAGAGUACGAGAGCCUUACGGAAGAAGAUAGAGCCUGGAUUAAGCUUCAGAGGCCGACAUUAGUGUCGAUCGUGGCUUUUCUUUGCUUUGUCAUCUUCACUUGCACCAUCGUCAGCUUGAAAAUUGUAUUUCCUUCGAAUGUUCUAAAGAGGCCAUUUUGCAGCGAUGUGAAGCUACAGCCUUUGCCUAUGUAUGGCAAAGCUCGCGACUCCGAUCUGUUUCCCGGUGCUUUUUACUUGACGGAUCAAGAAACUGUCGAUUACUACUGGAUGGUCGUUUUUGUUCCCUCCACCAUUAUCUUCCUUGUAUCGUCUGUUUAUCUUGUUGCAGGAAUUUUUGUGGCUUAUUCUGCUCCUCACCGUCAUGGGUUUCUGAAAGUAGUUGAAAAUAAUUACUGUGCUUCAAGAAGAGGUGGGGUUCGUUGCCUGUCAAUUCUGAACAUUGUUUUUGCUAUCAUCUAUGGUCUCCUUGCUGUAUUCCUCGGCUCAAGCCUUCUGACACUAGGAAGCAGCUGUUCUGUGCCAUUGUUUUGGUGCUACGAGAUUUCUUCAUGGGGUUUGGUAAUCUUGUAUGCUGGAACUGCUUUCUUCCUUAGAAGAAGAGCUGCUUUAAUUAUUGACGAAGGAGAGUUUGGGAACAGAAAUGAUCAGGGCUUGGAGAUGCUUGAAGCUAAUCCUUUGGAAUUCACACCAGAUGUUGAGAGACGGGUGAACGAGGGGUUCAAAGCAUGGAUGGGACCAUCGUUAUUAUCAUCUGAUGAAGAAGACGAACCCGAGUUCUACAAUGAAGUGCCCAAUGUAACUAAUACUCUAUUAAGCAGGCAAAGAUCUUAAUUUUUGAAAAGAAGAACUUGGUAUGACUCGGUGAUUGCUUCAGAGGCUCCAAAGAUGGUUGCUUCAGAGAUUGGGCUCACCAAAUUGUUGCCUCGGUGAUUCUCGGGUUUCUUUCAUGUCACUGCUUUCUGCUGAUUAUGGGAAGGUUUGGAUUCGGAAGAUAAAUCAGAGGGGUUAGAAUUGUUCCGGUUGUAGUCUUGUAGAUGUACAUACAGUCCGUCGAUCAUCAAAAAACUAGGUUUGGUUCUUUCUUUUAAGCAGUCCAUGGCCGGUUUUGAUUGUUUACAUUUGUUUAUUUUCGGAGUCUUGGGUUUGGAGUAUAGGCCUAACUAUACAUUUUGUCGGUUCACCUUCACAUGAACAUUAAUCGCAGUAUAGAAAGAUUAUUACCACAAACUCUCCAAGUCCUACAGAAUCCGUGUAUCCACAAUGUCAAACUAUAAGAUUUGAUGUAAUGCUAUUAAAACCUA